AGGAGGAGGGGCGGGGUGACCCGGCGCGGCCUGGACUCGCGGCCAUUAAGCCGGUCCCCAUUGUGCUGGCCUCCACUUGCCUACUUGGGGCCGUGAGGAGGUUGGAAAGCUGCUUUUUGGGAUCUAAGCAAAGGUAAGAAGCCCGGAUGCCUCUGCGGGUCCCUGGGGCUGUCUGGGAGGCGGAGAGCGGUUCGUCAGGCGUAAACAAGUCAGGUGUCCACGUUGCUGCUAAGCUGAGGUUGAGCCUCACACAUCCUGGAAAAUGCUAACUUUGAAGCUGGCUACGGUUUAGAAAAGAGCUGGUACCAAAGCUGAAGCUGGCCUCUGCAGUGUGAGACGGGCAGGCUUUCUCUGUGCACUCGACAGAAAGCUCUUUCAGGGUUUCAUACCACACUGUCUGCUUUACCACCGGGUCCGUAGAUCCAGGCAGGUCUGUGGUAGAAUACAGCCAUGGCUGCCGGACCACCGCUGAGGCCUUGGCCAGAACCCAAACCUGGAGACCUGAUUGAGAUUUUCCGCCCUAUGUACAGACACUGGGCCAUCUAUGUUGGUGAUGGAUAUGUGAUCCACCUGGCUCCCCCAAGUGAAAUCGCAGGAGCUGGAGCCGCCAGCAUCAUGUCUGCUUUGACCGACAAGGCCAUAGUGAAGAAAGAACUGCUGUGUGAUGUGGCCGGGAGGGACAAGUACCAGGUCAAUAACAAACAUGACAAGGAGUACACCCCACUGCCUCUAAACAAGAUCAUCCAGCGGGCUGAGAGGCUGGUGGGGCAGGAGGUGCUCUAUAGGCUGACCAGCGAGAACUGUGAGCACUUUGUGAAUGAGCUACGCUAUGGAGUCCCUCGGAGUGAUCAGGUCAGAGACGCCAUCACGGCGGUAGGCUUCGCUGGAGUGGGCUUGGCGGCCUUGGGCCUCGUUGGAGUCAUGCUCUCCAGAAACAAGAAACAGAAGCAGUGAGCUGAAUGACUGUCCAGCAUUAGGGCUCUUUUUUUUUUUUUUGCUAGAGGGGCUGGAGUUUGAUUAUAGAUUCUACUGCUUUAUAAUUAGGUUUAUUUUCACAACAUACAAUAAACCACAAGAAGGGAA